UGGUCGCCGGUCCUCAGUGUUUAUCUGGUCGUCAUGGCGGAGGGACGUGGAGAGCUACCGCCUCAGCCGCCGCUUCAUCUAUCUUUACCCCCGGCCAGCAAGCGACUGUGCUUGCGCCCGGCUCCCCGAGGGCCUGGUCCGGGGCCUGGUCCAGGUUUUCCGAACUCUCGGUUUCGCUGCCCGGAAUCCCUAUUGGACUGUGCGGCAAAGGCUGUAGCGGAGAAAUGGGCCUUUGAGAGGGUGGAGGAGCGCUUCGAGCGGAUCCCAGAGCCAGUACAGCGUCGUAUAGUGUACUGGUCUUUUCCGAGGAACGAAAGGGAAAUAUGUAUGUAUUCGUCGUUUCAGUGCCGCGUCGCCGGCGAAGAGGGUCCGGCGGUAGGAACAGGGGCUCCCGUUGGAUCCGGGGCUGUCCCUGGAGGGGUUACCAGUACGACGGGGGCAGCGGGCACCGGAGAUGGACUGCCUUUCCGUCGGGGCAUUCGGCUUUUAGAGACUGGUUGUGUGGAAAAUGUCUUACAAGUCGGUUUCCACCUCAGUGGCACAGUCACGGAGCCCGCCUCCCAGUCGGAGCCCGAGGUCACCCACAAGGUGGCCAUCAGCUUCGACCGCUGCAAGAUCACCUCGGUCACCUGCGGCUGCGGCAACCGAGACAUCUUCUACUGCGCCCACGUGGUGGCCCUGUCCCUGUACCGCAUCAGGAAGCCGGAGCAGGUCAAGCUGCGGCUGCCCAUCUCAGAGACCCUGUUCCAGAUGAACAGAGACCAGCUACAGAAGCUGGUCCAGUACCUCAUCACAGCACACCACACAGAGGUGCUGCCCACUGCCCAGAAACUAGCCGACGAGAUCCUCUCGUCCAACUCUGAGAUCAACCAGGUCCAUGGGGCCCCGGACCCCACGGCAGGGGCCAGCAUUGAUGAUGACAACUGCUGGCACCUGGAUGAGGAGCAGGUCAGGGAGCAAGUCAAACUGUUCCUGUCCCAGGGAGGGUACUACGGCUCUGGGAAGCAGCUCAACUCCAUGUUUGCCAAGGUGCGAGAGAUGCUGCGGAUGCGUGACUCUAACGGUGCCAGGAUGUUGACCCUGAUCACAGAACAGUUCAUGGCCGACCCUCGCCUCUCUCUGUGGCGGCAGCAGGGGACUGGCAUGACGGACAAGUGUCGGCAGCUAUGGGACGAACUGGGUGCCCUGUGGGUGUGCAUCGUGCUGAACCCGCACUGUAAGAGUGAGGAGAAGAGCGGCUGGCUUAAGCAGCUGAAGAAGUGGGGCGACAUGGACAUCUGUCCCCUGGAGGACGGCAACUACGGCAGUGAGUUGCCCAACAUUACCAACGCUCUACCACAGAGCAACUUCGCCCAGGACUCCCUGGCCCGGCCCAGACGGACAGUGUUCACGCGGGCCAUGGAGGCCUGUGAUCUCCACUGGCAGGACAGCCACCUGCAGAGGAUCAUCAGCUGUGACUACUACAUGUCCCCAGCCUACCAGCGAGAGGGAGAGAGUCUCCUCUUCAACCCCCAGGGCCUGCCUCUAUGGCUAGAUCACGUCCCCACGGCGUGUGCGCGGGUCGAUGCCCUGCGUUCCCAUGGUUACCCCCGCGAGGCGCUGCGGUUGGGCGUGGCCAUCAUCAACACCCUCCGGCUGCAGCAGCACCGCCAGCUGGACAUCUACAAGCACCAAAAGAAAGAGCUGCUUCAGAGGGGGACAACCAGCACUACUAACCUGGAGGGCUGGGUGGGACACCCCCUGGAUCCCAUCGGCUGUCUGUUCACCACCCUCACUGAGACCUGCCGGGUGGAGGACGACAACGCUAUGGACACUGGAGACUCUGGAGAGCACAAGCCGCCAGUGUACCACCACGUGCCCGUGUGGGGUUGCCCAGAUGGUGGGGAGUCCUACCUGGCACUGGCCCUGGAGGUGGCGCUGAUGGGCAUGGGGCAGCAGAGGGUGAUGCCCGAGGGCCUCUAUGCCCAGGACAAGGUGUGCCGGAACGAGGAGCAGAUUGUGGCCAAGCUGCAGGAGAUGGAGCUGGAUGAUCUGCUGGUCCAGGCGCUGAGGAAACAGGCUAUCCUCCUACUGGAAGGAGGUCCCUUCAGUGGCCUUGGUGAUGUCAUCCACAGGGAGAGUGUUCCCAUGCACACCUUUGCCAAGUACCUGUUCUCAGCCCUGCUGCCCCACGACGCAGACCUGGCCUACAAACUAGCAUUGAAGGCCAUGAGGCUCCCUGUGUUAGAGUCGAUGGCGCCCUCGGGAGACUUGGGUCACCCCCACCAUGGCAUCAGCAUCGUGCCCAGCCGAUAUCCCCGCUGGUUCACCCUGGGCCACCUAGAGUCUCAGCAGUGUGAACUGGCCUCUACCAUGCUCACCGCAGCCAAGGGAGAUAUGUUGAGAUUGCGGACGGUGCUGGAGGCCAUCCAAAAGAACAUCCACUCUUCCUCCCUCAUCUUCAAACUGGCCCAGGAUGCCUUCAAGAUCGCCACUCCGGCUGACAACCCCCCAGACAUCACCCUGCUCAAUGUAGCUCUGGAGCUGGGCCUGCAGGUGAUGAGGAUGACCCUCUCCACUCUGAACUGGAGACGCAGGGAGAUGGUGCGCUGGCUGGUCACCUGUGCCACAGAAGUGGGUCUGCGAGCGCUGGUGAGCAUCCUCCAGAGCUGGUACACCCUGUUCACCCCCACCGAGGCCACCAGCAUCGUAGCAGCCACCGUCAUGUCCCACAACACCAUCCUGCGCCUCAGCCUGGACUACCCCCAGAGAGAGGAGCUGGCAAGCUGCGCCCGGACCCUGGCCCUGCAGUGUUCCAUGAAGGACCCCCAGAACUGUGCCCUCUCGGCCCUCACGCUCUGCGAGAAGGACCACAUCGCCUUCGAGACGGCUUACCAGAUCGUCAUCGACGCCGCCUCCACAGGCAUGACGUACUCUCAGCUGUUCACCAUCGCCCGCUACAUGGAGCACCGCGGCUACCCGCUCCGAGCCUUCAAGCUGGCCUCGCUGGCCAUGACCCACCUCAACCUGGCUUACAACCAGGACACCCACCCGGCCAUCAACGACGUGCUCUGGGCCUGCGCCCUGUCCCACUCGCUGGGCAAGAACGAGCUGGCCGCCAUCAUCCCCCUGGUGGUGAAGAGCGUGCACUGCGCCACCGUGCUCUCGGACAUCCUGCGCCGCUGCACCAUGACGGCCCCGGGCCUGGCCGGUAUCCCCGGGCGACGGAACUCUGGGAAGCUCAUGUCCACGGACAAGGCUCCGCUCCGGCAGCUGCUGGACGCCACUAUCAGCGCCUACAUCAACACAACCCACUCCCGGCUCACUCACAUCAGCCCCAGGCACUAUGGAGAGUUCAUAGAGUUUCUUAGUAAGGCCAGAGAGACCUUCCUACUGGCCCAGGACGGACACAUCCAGUUUGCCCAGUUUAUAGACAACCUUAAACAGAUCUACAAGGGCAAGAAGAAACUCAUGAUGUUGGUACGGGAACGCUUCGGCUGAACCUCAACAGGACAGGCAAUAUAGGGAUCUACUUUUAGUACUACUUACUCAUUUAUUUAAGUUUUCAUACAUUUUCUCUUUUUUUUGUCAUUCUUGUGGCAAAUUCUGUAUGUCUGUUUUUGUUUUUGUCUUUUUAUUUUCUCGUGAGCAACAACCACUGUUUGUUUUAGUAUGAAAAAGAUUGUGAUGAUGAUGAUAAAAUCGUUGAGGUGGCACAUAAUGAAAAACCAAAUGAUGUAUGGGGUGUUUUGAGCCAGGGAAUGUCUGCUGUCUGCUGUGGGGAGUUACUAGUGGGUUUUGAAGGAGAGAGAGAACUUGUCAUUCCAAAAACCAGAGAUGUGGACUUGAGUCACGUGACUUGGACUCGAGUACUACUCUAGUCACAACUUUUGAGACUUGACAAAAAGAAAAAACACAUGCCACUCGACUUCGACUUGAACGUCUAUGACUCGUGACUUAACUUGGACUUCAACCGUAUGACUCCAGAGACUAGAUUAGUCAUCUCACCCACUAUGUUAGCCUAUCUGUCCUCUAUAUCGGAGUGCUGCAGGUUCUGUGCGUUCUGUGUCUUGACCAAUCAGAUUCACGGAAAUCACAGGUUGCGCAGGCCCGGGCACAAAGCACUUCCUCUAGCAAAGCUCGCGCCGCUCCGCUGUCUUCCGAUAUUUAUUUAGCAAACGUGAUAACACAUUACUCCUGACAUACACAAGAACUCUUCACAGAAAUGUUGCAGCAACCUACACCUAAACUUUAUGGGAAGAAAAUGAGUCUGAUCAACUAGGCUACUGAUAACAAGCGCAGCUGCAUAGGCUGCAGCCAAUGCGCCCUGUCCCCAUUUGUCCUCUGGCCAGGGUAAACAAAGUGGUUAUGUUAUGUAGCCUAUGCAUAACCUGUUUAUUCAUGUUAAGAGAAAAUGUGAAUGUGAUCAAAUUUGGUUUAGGCUAUAUUCAAACUUGGGCUGGCUGGCUAGGCUACCUUGACCUUUUCAAUCCAAAAUGAUUAACUGAAAUGAAUCGAACAACACAAAACUGAUUACAUAAAUAUACUGUGUGAGUUACUUUUUAAUUACAGUUGCUUAUGCCUAUAUGAUGCACACCUGCAUAGAGCAAGCUCAGCCCUGUGAGUUCUAUUGUCCAAUUGCAGUGGUUGUGUCUGUGUAAAGGAAAGUUGUAAAAUAUAAUUAAUAUUAACAAGUUUGACAGGGUUUUCAUCCUCCCUAGGGCCAGGAGUUUUUCCAGAAAUGUUAAAACUGUGUGACCUGUUUCGAACAUAUCUGUAUUCCUAGGGGGCAGGUAGCCUAGUGGUUAAGCGUGUUGGGCCAUUAACUGAAAGGUCAUUGGUUGGAAUCCCUGAGCUGACUAGGUGACAAAUCUGUUGAUGUGCCCUUCAGCAAGGCACUUAACCCUAAUCGCUCUGUAUAAGAGGGUCUGCUAAAUGACAAAAAUGGUCCCACUUCCAUAUGAAUACCUUUUUACAACUACUAAUUAAUCACUCUCAGACACUGUCAGGGUCCUGAUUUAUACCUGGUUAGAUUACCAGAUUAGGAAAAACUCCAGGCCCCAGGGAAAAUAAUUUGCCCCACCACUCUGGGACCUGUGGUGCACCUCUGCAUCAGGGCCACACAGGUCCCAAAAAUCAUUGCAUUCGGUUUCAAAGGCUAUGUAGUAGUGUAAAACAUGUGGGUCCAAAAUCACUGAUGCAUUGAAGUUGCAAUGAAAUUGGGAUAAACCACUUAAUAAUUGACUUGAAGACUUGAAACCCAAAAUUAGGGACCUGAGCUGUGGAACUUGGGACUUGCCCGUUAUUACUUGGGACUUGACUCGAAGGUUAAGACUUGAGACUUGCUUAGGACUUGUGACUUGGUCCCAUCUCUGCCAAAAACACUGAAGCACAUAGUGUUAACUUACUGUCAUACCUCGAUCGUAUUCCAAGGACCAGCUUUAAACUUUCCCUGUUAAAAGGCCUCGUUUCAAGGCAUUAUAUUUGGAGGAGGUGGAAUGCUGAACUUGGAUGUGUAUCCCACGGCCCAGAGCCCUAAGUCUAAAUCUACCAGAUUCAUCAGGCACAUACAGACCUCAGACUUGACCAAGCCUCUCACCCUCUCCCACAUGUAUUCUCCUCCUUCCUUGGGUGUAGCCUGAUCGAUUUUGUCUGGUAUCUUGUAUUAUUUCUAGCGAAAGGUACCUUUCAAAAAGAGCGAAGCGUCCAGAGAGAGAGAGCCGUGUUGCUUCAGAUUGGUAUUUGGAUUAGAUCACGGCGAGAUUGAUUGACUGGCCUUGUUGCCUGAGAACGAUAGUGCCACUGUGGAUCUUAGACUGUGAGGUGGAGUGCCUGGUGUUGUCAGGAUUUGGGGUUGUAACAUACAUGUUGAAAUACCAUGGCUGAAAAACAUCUUGUAUCUUUCAUAGCAAGACGUGUAUGAACGUGUACUUUUAAACAACAUGCGCUGGUGUAGCCAGUUGGUGUUUAGUAUUCCACAUACAACCCUAACUAUAAGUAUCAACCUCUCAGACCCUGUGGGAAAGUGUUUUUGAUAUGGCAGUGACCGCUUGAAAUUUAGCAGUAGUACUAUUGUUAUACAAGCAAUUGACAAAUUUCAUGUACUCAACACCAUUCUGUCUGCUUGAGCAAUUAUUUAUCGGUCAUUAAAAUAAUCUGUGUGUGAAUGAAUACUAUUAAUACAGACAUAGACAGCAUAUAAUUAUAUUUAAUAUACAAAAAUAGGAAUAUUAGACAGAAGACACAUUUUGAGGCUAUGUAAACCGUUCCAUGUCAGCUUCCACAUUCCAUUGUUGCCACCUCUACCAAGCGCGGCAGGUGGCCUGGGGUCGCAGAUGCACUGUCUGUCUGGAGCUGGGGUUUGAAGUAAUAUGGUAAAGAAAGGAUGACGAAAAACAAAAUAAAAGAGACGAGAUGCUAAACUCAGUUCUCAGGGAAUCACUUCAAGAAACAAAAACAAAAAAGUAGUAGCAUAAGCAUUUAAGAUAUUGUAAAUAUAAAAGUGUCAAUUCAGAAAAUUGUAAAGUUCUAAUUAUUUAUGAUAACUGUAUGUUUUAGUUUUUUGGGAUACUUGAAUUUGUUGUGGGCUGGGAAUGUGAUGACAGUUAGACGAAAAGACUUCAAGACAUUUCUCAGGUGCUCCUGUGUACAUUUUUCAGAAUUUUUGUUUAAAUGUUUUAUUUGUAUGUUUUGUUUAGUUUUUGCAACGUGUUUUCUAAGAGGAAGCAUGACAUUUCUAAAUUUGGAGAAAAAAAGAAGGCAUAUACCAUUGUGAACAGAAAGCAACCUGACUAUGCAGAAACCACUUGAUGGUUUGGUCCCGUUCUCCGGAGUCACCCAGACGAAUGUCUGAGGGGGGCUAGCCACUAUCCUAGAGGGGACAGACAAGGCACGACACGGCAUGUUUGUAUUUGUACCGAGGCCUGCACAUGCUGCAAAUUGGGACAGACUUUGCCUUUGACCGAUCAAUGUACGAUUACUUUCUUUGGACUUAAGCCUUUAGUGUCUUCUCAAAGUACCUGUGUCAGGGCCUGAUAUGGCAAUGAAAGUUUAGGGAGAACAACAGUCCAAAAGAAAUGAAAAUAAAAACCCUGCAUGCCCUACACUAAGGAAGGAACUGGCAGAUAAUAUGAAUGAGGGUGUCUGUGUGCCCCCCCCCCCCAAUCAUCCUCUCUUAUAUUUCUUCAUGCUUUUAAGCCUAUUCAGUUCAAUUUACCUGAACGACCACAGCCAUGCUCUGAACCAUUCUCUAAAACCCUUAUUGAGCAGUUGAGUUAUUCUGCUCCUUCCUUGCUUCCAUUGCUGGUCUUAAUUCCUUUUAAAAAUAUUUUUUCUCUCUCGCUUUUGCAGCAUCCUCUGUUUUUUCCAUUCACUAGCUACCGCACUACUUGAACCUGAGAUUUGUGAGUUACAAGGAGAGGACAAAACAAGCAUUUUUUUUCAAAUGUGAGGGAGAUGCUUGCAUUUUUACAGACUAUUGCAGGUUAAUGUAAAGCUGCCUGUUAUAUACACACUUCAAACAACAAGCAUUUUCCUAUCGCUGAAGUAGUUGGUCCUACAGCAUUGCAAAAAACAAAACAAAAAAAAAACAUGGAGAAAAAACUCCUCUGGCUUAAUUUCUUUCUUUCCCAUACUCGUUGUCUAUAUGUGUUAACUGUACCAGUGUUUUCACCUGUCCCUAGAAUUUAGAAGGAAAUGAUAAUCGCUGGUAGAGCUUGUUCACUAGUUCAUCUACUGUUUGAUUUUGAUUUAAGGGAAAGUGUUUGUUGCCUCUUUGUGCUACUGAUUUAUAUAAAAGUUAUCCAGUAUUUGUUGCCACAAAAGUAUAGUUCAUCAACACUUUUUGUUUGUGCAACCUCUUGAGCAAAUGUCUUUCAAACAAAAAUGUAUUACUAUUUAUGUAACGCUACUACCAUUUUAUAUAAUUUGUGUUGGAAUCUCAGUGCUUUUCUAUGAAUAAAGUGUGAAACACGUA